CAUCGUAACACGUCAUCAGUCAGCUACCGCUAGCCUACCUGACGUAGCAUUCUUCCCUUCGACUAAAUAAUUACUAGGUAUGUAAAUACGUUACAUAGCCCUCUAUGCUACUCCGAUGAUUACUACCAUCACCAUAUCUACGCCUGAAUGCUUUUAAGUCGGGAAAAUGAACGUGGGAAAUCAUAAUGUCCCCAACGGUGUUGCGCAAAACCCGACGGCGUCGACGAUUGGAGUAGCCGGUCUUGAGUCUUGGAAAAUGGCGUAUGAGCAACAUCAUGAGAACCUCGUUACACUAGUCUCCCCGAGGUGGGCUGCAGUCGAUUUUUUCAUUAGGUUGUUUGGGCACGCAGCACCAAUUGAGCGCAGCAAGUUGGGGUAUCGCGUAAAUUUCGCCGAGAUGCAAAGAAUGUACUUGAGAGCGCUGCAGAUCGACCUGAUCAAUAUUGGCGUGGAUUUGAAAUUUGGCGAGACGUUAGAGAACGCGGGGCAGUGGAAUGACACCCGUACGCCAGGGAGUCUAGAGAAAAUGGACAAAAUGCUGAAGACAUACAUACAAGCCGUUCGAGAUUAUGAAUACAUGACCGAUGCCACAAGAAAAAAAUAUGAUAUCUUCAUCGCUUCAUCCGAGCGAAAUCAAGAUGAUGUGCACCUAGAAGCAGCAAUGAUGAAUGCGUCUAGAGGUGUUGACGAUUUCAAAGCUAUAGAUCAAGAGCUUGCAUUACCGACUGGUCCUUGGGAGGUAGUUCCUAUCGAUGGAAAGCCCAUUCCAAUCGCAGGGACGCGAAAUGCAGGUGUCCAAAAUCUAUUGAGGCGAGCUCUCGUGACGCGACUCUUCCUAGCAUUACUGGGGUCUGCAUUCUUAAUUGGACCGAUGUGGCUUCUGGCUCUCGAGAGGGAUCUAAUCUUCGACCUAGGAACUACUACGGUUGCUGUAACGAUCUUCGGGCUGUUCCUGGCAUUUGUUGUCGAUAAAGGCGACCAAGUCUUUGCGGGAACAUUAGCGUAUGCUGCUGUGCUUAUGGUUUUUGUAGGGGUCAUAAUUCAGAUCCAGGAGACGCCAUCUAUGUAAUCGAAGCGAGGUAGAGCUAAUAUUUAUACCACAAUCCGAAUAUGCCA